UUCUAGAGUGGCAGCUUCUGGAAGGACGUCGCCAUCAUUCUACCGGCACAGCAGUUGGGGGCGGGGGUGGCUCCAUGGCCUACCGCCCUAACCACCAUGGACGAUAUGGCCCAUAAAGGUAAUUCAAGAUGUUCUUCAUCUUGAUUAGGGACAAUGAGGAUCCCACCAUUGGGUGCCGAAGAGCUCAGCUUCUCGUUUACAAAACUUCCACAUACAGGGUGGUCAAAGCUCUUUGAAGAUAUUUGAUCCUAUUUUCGUUGCGCUGUAGUUGACAUCACAAGAAAUUUUGGAUGAGAACAUAUACCUCCAACUUAUACUCAAUGAGUUCUUUGACUGUCUCAAGAACCUUUAAUCUUACCUACUCAAAGAUAUCGUUCAGGUAUUAUGUUAUAAAUAAUAAGUGAAAUGUUGUUAUUUCUCUCCACCCUUUCUGUGAGUUAUCGACCAAUCAAGCACUUUUAACUUACCUUGUAUAGCUUCCUAUACUGACGAGAUAGGUUUUAAUUUACUGAAGCCUAAGUUGAGCCUAUUCUCUUUCUCCCUAGCAGGUUUGAUAUUUGUAGGUAGACACUCAAUUAUUCAAUAUCAUCUCUUCUUGUUUGAUCACCCUUGUUUGGUUACUACCAUACUCUUAGUCUCUGAUUCAACUGUUCCCAAAAACAUUUUCAAUACUUCUUCAGACACAUUCUGUAUCCAUCUCUAGAUAAAGAAGUACACUGUUGUAGAAAGAAUGAGCGAGAUUUAAUCUUCGUUAGUGAUGCUCUUGCACCCUUAGUGUCAGCUUAUUCACCUAUCUUUAAGGUUAUUGAACAGAUUGAGGAUAAGUCAAUAAACUGAUCCUGAUUGUUCAGAGAGCUAAACUCCUUCUUCUGUAACUAGCAGAACGAUGAAUGGUUACAAAUAAACCUAAAAUAGUCACUGGUGGUCUUUAAAUUAAACUGUAUGAGGAAGUUUUGUCAACGGGCAAGAAGCCGAAGCGUCUUCGUGUUGUCGACCGGAUGGUGGGACCCCCAUACGUGCGCAAGGUCGUGUCAGUUGACUGGGCUCGUUCUUAGCUUGUGCCCACUUGACUAUGAUGUGCACACUUUCUAGAAAUACUCAAGACUGACAUUAGAGAGUCAAUAUCGAGUCUAAUGGAAGGACUCUAUUGUUGUGCAGGUCAUAGCGGUGUGAACCAGCUAGGAGGGGUGUUUGUCAGCGGGCGCCCCCUGCCGGACUCCACGAGACAGAAGAUUGUUGAGUUGGCGCAUUCAGGAGCCAGACCCUGCGACAUCUCCAGAAUCCUCCAGGUUUCCAAUGGCUGCGUCUCCAAGAUACUUGGCAGAUAUUACGAAACUGGCUCCAUUCGACCACGUGCAAUAGGAGGUUCAAAACCUCGGGUGGCCACUGCAGAAGUGGUGAGCAAAAUAUCCAGUUACAAGAGAGAGUGUCCAUCCAUAUUCGCUUGGGAGAUCAGGGACCGGUUGCUACAAGAAGGGGUCUGCACCAACGACAACAUCCCCAGUGUAUCUUCCAUAAACAGGGUACUGAGGAAUCUGGCUGCUCAGAAGGAGCAAGCUGGCAGUUCCCCAACACCAUCGUCAAACGAGAGCGUAUACGACAAAUUGAGACUGCUGAAUGGAAAUCAGGCCAGUUGGAGGCCUUCACCGUGGUAUUCGCCAACCAACGGAGCAUUUCCCUUGCAACCAAUGAGCCCUCCACCUACCAUUUUAUCAGACGAUCUGAAUCCCAAGAAAAUGACGGACCUGGACGGUCUUCACUCAGACGAGACAAAUUCGGGAGACAACUCGAACGCCGGCUCUAGCAUAGGUCCUGACGACGACCAGGCAAGGCUGCGGCUCAAGAGAAAAUUACAAAGGAAUCGGACAUCUUUCACCAAUGAUCAGAUCGACAGUCUAGAAAAAGAAUUCGAAAGAACUCACUACCCGGAUGUUUUCGCACGUGAGAGACUGGCCGCAAAAAUUGGACUUCCAGAAGCUAGGAUACAGGUCUGGUUUUCGAAUAGACGAGCGAAAUGGCGCAGAGAGGAGAAGCUGAGGAAUCAGAGAAGAGGUUCUUCCAUACCAGAGCAUCCUGGACCUACCCCAUCCCCUACCAGACUUCAGACCUUCAACAACACCUCAAUGUAUUCUUCGAUACCUCCACCAAUGUCCAUAGCAGAUACGUACAGUUCAAUGCCGACGAUGCCUAACUUCUCCCAUGGUGGAAUUGGCUCGGGAAGCAUGGGACCCACGCAUGGAUCAUGUCUUCAGCAGAGGGAAUCCCCAGGUGUGGGGAGCGCCAUGGGAAGUUACUGCAUGGGUAGGCCCCACGGAUACGACAUCGGUCUGGGUUACGGAGGAAGACCUUCGCCUUGCAGUCCUUCGCAGCCUUACCAAAUGAACGGUCAUCAGUACUCCACCAACGGAACAUCAUCAACAGGUUUGAUCUCGCCAGGUGUCUCAGUACCAAUAGCUGUACCAGGACAGACGGAUAUGGCUUCCCAAUACUGGCCACGUAUACAGUGACCUUGGUGGUCGUAAUGCAGGAAAAC